GGAGGGAGGGCGCAGCCACGCCGCGCCACGGGCGGCAGCCGCUCCGCAUCCCGCGGGCCGGGGCGCUCCGGCGGCGGCUCCUGGGCUGGUGCCGGCUGCCGCCCGCCGAGCCCAGCCCCCGCGGAGCCGGGAGGAUGCUGGAGAGCGGCUGCAAGGCGGUGAAGGAGGGCGUGCUGGAGAAGAGGAGCGACGGGCUGCUGCAGCUCUGGAAGAAGAAGCGCUGCAUCCUCACCGAGGAGGGGCUGCUCCUCGCGUCCCCCAAGCAGCAGCCCCAGCCGCAGCCCCAGCAGCCGGCUCAGCAGCAGCAGCAGCAGCAGCCGGGCGCCGAGCCGGCUGCCAAGAUCAAGGAGCUGCACUUCUCCAACAUGAAGACGGUGGACUGCGUGGAGCGCAAGGGCAAGUACGUGUACUUCACCGUGGUGAUGGCCGAGGGCAAGGAGAUCGACUUUCGGUGCGCGCAGGAGCAGGGCUGGAACGCGGCGAUCACGCUGCAGAUGGUGCAGUACAAGAACCGCCAGGCCAUCCUGGCCGUGCGCUCCACCCGCCAGAAGCAGCAGCACCUGGCGCAGCAGCCCCACGGCCCCCGCAUCCGCAGCGCCUCCAACUCCGCCUAGCGCCGGCCCCGCGGCCCCCC